AUGGUUUCGCGAAUUAUUGUCAAGAACUUGCCAAAACAUGCCACAGAUGCACGUUUGCGAGACGUGUUUGCGGCGGUCGGCGAGGUCACGGACUGCCGCAUUCAGAAACUGAAGGAUGGCCGUUCGCGAAACUUCGCCUUUGUUGGCUUUCGGAACGAGACCGAUGCGCAAGAGGCAGUGAAGCAGCUGAACCGCAGUUUCUUUGACACUUCGAAAAUCAGUGUUGAAAUUGCCUAUGCGCCGGGCUCUGGCGACAUUGCGCGGCCAUGGAGCAAGUAUGCAGCUGGAUCUUCGGCAUAUCAGCGGCGAGCUGAACGGACGGCCAACAAGAAGGCCAAGCCUCCAGGUGAAAGGCAUGAGGAUGGACAGGCGAACUCGAAGCCGAGUAAAACCAGUAGUGGCAGGAAACAGUGGGCGCCCACGAACGUGAAGGGCGCAAAAGUCAUCCACACUGCCGGCAUCAAGCCCACGAAAGCCGGAGUGAGUGACACGCGAGUGCAUAUGGAAUUCGAGAGUAGCGAUGAAGAAGCUGCAACGAAACCGGCUACUUCGGAAGGAGGUCCUCCACAUUCCCUCGCGUUCGACGAGGAGCUGGACGACAUGGCUUAUCUGAAAGCUAAGUCGCACGUGGCGGCCAAGGAGUCCAAACAGGAGACAUCAGGACACGAGCCUCCUUUGCCAGCGGCAGUGCCAAAGAAGCGUGCCAAAGGCAAGAAACGUUUGAAGCAGCGGAACUCGACCACCGACAAAGGAGAAGAGACGAAGGAGGGUGAGCCCAGUCCGGUAGCCGAUGCCGUGGACGCUGCUGCCGCGGCGGAUGCUGCCGCCGCUGCGGACGCAGCGGCGGCUGAGGCCAGCAAGGAAACGGCAGGAGCGGACCUGGAUGAUCUGGAAUCCACCGGCCGAUUGUAUGUGACCAAUCUGCCCUACGGAGCCAGCGAAGACGAGAUUCGAGUUCACUUUGAGACCCUGGGAGAGGUCCAGGCCGUCGUUGUUUGCAAGGACGAGGACUCCUUGAAGUCCCGCGGCUUCGGUUACGUCACGUACGUGUUUCCAGAGUGCGCCGUGAGAGCACUGGCUGAGUUGGAUGUGAAGUCCUUCCAGGGUCGGCUUCUGCGCCUGGCAGCGGCUCGGCAGAAGCCAGUGGAGGAUGCGACGAAAGGAGCUGAGGCGGAGAAGGCGAAGGGUGGCACUUCUUCGUACAAGCGUCGGCUGGACGAAAGGAAGAAGAAAGUCGAUGCGCAUCUGCAGCAUACCUGGAAUUUGCUGUACAUCUCCGCGAACUCCGCGGCAGAUGCUGCCUCGGCACAGCUGGGCGUCUCGAAGAGCGACCUCUUCGGCAAGGAUGCCGAAAAUGCAGCCGUCACGGCUGCCCUAACGGAAACAUCCAUUAUUCAGCAGACGAAGAAGUGGCUUCAGAGGGAGGGCAUUCGAGUGGAUGCCUUCGAGCAGAGGGGCACAGCCCUGACAAACAGCAAAGCGAUCGUGGCUGACGGAGUGCAGCGGCGCGACGACACCCUCAUAGUGAAGCACCUGCCUGCCGCCACAAGCGCGGGCGAGCUGCGGGAGCGCUUCGCACGGUUCGGGGCCCUGGUGCGCUGCUCGCUGGCGCCCUCGGGGACGGUGGCCGUCGUGCAGUAUGCGGACAAAGGAGCCGCCUCGCGGGCCUUCCAGAAGCUCGCCUUUUCGCGCUUCCGUCACGUGCCGCUCUACUUGGAGAUGGCGCCAGAAGACGUGUUUACGGAGGGAGCUGCGACGGCACCGGAAGAGAAGGAAGCCACCGAGGAGGCGGCAGAAGAGGUGGAUGAGGAGUCUCGAGGCUAUCUUUUCGUCAAGAACUUGAGUUUCUCGACCACGGAGGAUGGCCUCAAGGCUGUGUUUCGCAGCUGUCAGGGCUUCCGCUCGGCCGUCAUUAUGCGCAAGAAGGCCGCAGUGAAGAAGGGCGCCAAGGCCGCGAAAGAGGACAGCAAGGGCCUCUCCAUGGGCUACGGCUUCCUGGAGUUCGAGACGGCGGCGCAGGCGGCCGACGUCUUGAAGCGCAAGCAGGGCGCGAUGAUCGAUGGCCACGCGGUGCAGCUGCAGAUCUCACAGCGUGGGACCCAGACCUCUCGUCGCGCCCCGACUGGCAAGGCGAAGGCGAAAGGAAUCAAGUCUUCGAGCAUCUGCGUCAGAAACAUCGCCUUCGAAGCCACCAGGAAGGAGCUCUACCAGCUCUUUGGUGCCUACGGCACGGUCACCUCCUGCCGGCUGCCCAAGAAGUCCGACUACUCGGGCCACCGAGGCUUCGCCUUCAUCGACUUCGCGUCGCGUGGCGAGGCGGCCGCGGCUUUUGAGGCGCUUCAGCACAGCCACCUCUAUGGACGUCGGCUGGUCAUCGAGCCGGCGGAGGAGAAGGCCAACGACGUGGCGAACGUGCAGGCGGAGGCGGCCAAGCGAACCGCCUUCAAGGCGCGCGCCAGCGAGGCGAAGAAGCGCCGGAAGUCGGGCGUCCUCAAUGCUCCCGGCGAAGCAGGGAAAGUGAAAGGUAAAGGAAAAGGGAAGAAGGGAGGAGGAAAGGCGAAGGGAGGCGGCAAGGGUGGCGGAAAGAAGGGCGCGGCGAAGGUGGUCAUCGAAGCCCACCGCCACGAGGGCGCGUUUGUGUCCAAGGGCAAGGACGACUCCCUCGUCACUCGGAACCUUGUUCCCGGCGAGUCGGUCUACGGUGAGAAGCGGCUCGUUGCCGAAGCAGCGGAUGGUGAAGAGAAGAUCGAGUACCGAGUGUGGAAUCCUUUUCGCUCCAAGUUGGGCGCCGGCAUCGUGGGAGGUAUCGGCUCCUGCCCCGUGAAGCCCGGGGCGAAGGUCCUGUACCUGGGUGGCGCCUCGGGCACCACUGUCUCUCAUGUCUCCGACAUGGUCGGGCCGGAGGGCGUGGUCUAUGCCGUGGAAUUUUCACACCGGUCGGGCCGCGAUCUCACCAACAUGGCGAAGCGACGACCCAACGUGGUGCCCAUUGUCGAGGAUGCGCGGCAGCCGCAACGAUACAGAAUGCUGAUUGGCAUGGUGGACGUGAUCUUCUCUGACGUCGCCCAGCCAGACCAGGCGCGCAUCGUCACGCACAAUGCGGGCUUCUUCCUGAAGAACAACGGCUGGGUCAUGAUCUCCAUCAAGGCGAACUGCGUGGACUCCACGGCAGCGCCUGAGGCGGUCUUCGCAAUGGAGAUCGACAAGCUGCGCAAGGACGGGGUCAAACCCAAGGAGCAGCUCACUUUAGAGCCAUAUCAUCGUGACCACGCUUUGGUGGUCGGCAUCUACCGGGCCAGCAAGAAAAAGAAAGAGUGA